GGGGGCCUGCUGCUGACCCUCCGGCGGCCCCUGGUGGGCACCCAGGACCCGCCUGGCCAGGAGGUGAAGGGGAGACGCCCCUCUUACCACCUGCGAGGCAGCUGGUUUCGUUACUGCCCGUGUCCCCCAGAGGAUGGUGGUGGAGCAGGCCGCCCGGGGCUCCAGCCCACCCGACCUCCGCGUGCAGUACCUCCACCAGAUCCAGGCCAACCACGAGACGCUGCUGCGGGAGGUGCAGGCCCUGCGGGACCGGCUGUGCACAGAGGACGAGGCCAGCUCCCAGGCCACGGCCGAGCGUCUCCUGCAGGUGUACCAGCAGCUCCGCAGCCCCAGCCUCCUCCUGCUGGGAGCAGGUGGGCCCCGCCCCGCCCCGCCCCGCCCCCCCACAAAAGGCUGCUUCCAGCUCCUGAGCUGGCACAGGUGCCGGCUGCCUGUGGAAGGCCAGGGUGGGCUUGGCUGCCGACAGCAGGGCGCAGACACCUGCCCGAUGGCCACCUGGCCUCUGCACAUGCUGGGAGAAGGGGUCAGAGAGCGCCUUCCC